UUAAACCACUAUAAAUAGAUCAAGCCCUUUCCCUUUUUCAUACUAGAAUUUCAAGUCUGAUAUAGUAGUUAACAGGUUCAAUUGAUAUCAAAUCAACAAUGUCGUCCAAUACUUUUUAUGCUGAUUCAGAAGCACCAAUUGUUAAUUUAUCUGCUAAGAAACACUUUGAAGAAUUAACUACUAAUGAUGCUAAAUUAUAUGCUCAUUACCUUUCAAGAGCAAGUCAUUGGGGUACAAGAGCUGUAUUAAGAUCAGUUUCUCCUGAAAGUGAAAACAUUUAUGAUUUGAUUUUAAGAAUUCAUAAGGUUUUAAGUGAACCUUCCAGUAAUGAAGUUUAUGAAGAAAUCAUUGGAAAGAAAUUACCAGAUUCAAAAGUAUUGGUUACUCAAUAUCUUGAAUAUGCUUCUCAAUUCUUAUCUAAUGUAGGUAAUUAUAAAUCAUUUGGGGAUAAGAAAUUCAUUCCCGUUGCUUCUGCAGAAAGUUUUGAUAAAUUAAUCGAAGCUAUAAAUGAUGAUGAAGCUUCUAAAUUAUAUAAAUCUGUUCGUGAAGCUAUUUUUAGCACUAAACAAGGUUUAUUAGGAUGGCCUGAAAAUGGACAUAUCUCCGGUUAUUAUCCUGGUGUUAUUGAUAUUUCUAAAGCUGAAGCAACUGAUGUUAAUGAAGCUUUAGCUGAUAAAGGUAUAAUGCCAGAAAAUACUAGAGUUGAAAAGAAGGGUGAUAAAGAAUUCAUUGUUCAUGUUGCUAGUGCUGAAACCGUUAAUACUACUGAUUACUAUCCAAAAGAAGUUAUCACUACUAAAGGUGGAAAUCAAGUUACUAUUCAAUUUGGUGAUCAUUCUAAAGAGUUCAAACAUAUUGUUGAAAAUUUAGAAGAAGCUGCAAAAUAUGUCGCCAAUGAUACUCAAGCUACUUUUGUGAAGUAUUAUGCCGAAUCUUUUAAUACUGGUUCCAUGAAUGCUCAUAAGAAAUCCCAAAUUGCUUGGGUUAAGGAUUUAAAACCAGAAGUUGAAUCCAAUAUUGGUUUCAUCGAAACUUAUAGAGAUCCAUUAGGAGUUAGAGGUGAAUGGGAAGGUUUAGUUGCUAUGGUUAAUCACGAUAGAACUGCUAAAUUCUCUACUUUAGUUAACAAUGCUUCUGAAUUGAUUGCUUAUUUACCAUGGGAUAAAACUUAUGAAAAAGAUAAAUUCACCCCUCCAGAUUUCACCUCUUUAGAAGUUCUUACCUUUGCUGGUUCAGGUGUUCCAGCCGGUAUCAAUAUUCCAAAUUAUGAUGAUGUUAGAUUAAACUAUGGUUUCAAGAAUGUCUCAUUAGGUAAUGUUCUUUCUGCUAAUCCAAAGAAACCAAAGAAGGAAGAAGUUAUUACUUUCCUUAGAGAAGAUCUUCAAGAAAAAUUCCGUAAAUGGAGAGAUGAUUCAUUUGAAGUUCAAGUUGGUUUACAUGAAUUAUUAGGUCAUGGUACUGGUAAAUUAUUACAAGAAACUGCUCCAGGAGUUUUCAAUUUCGAUAAAGAAACUAUUCCAACUAAGACUUGGUAUAAACCAACUGACACUUGGGCAUCUCUUUUCGGUACCACUUCAGGAUCUUUCGAAGAAUGUCGUGCUGAAUUAGUGGCUUUAUACCUUAUUCUUAAGAAACCAUUAGAAGUAUUACCAAUCUUUGGUAUCACAGAUGCUGCCGAUCAAAAGGAUGUUAAAUUAAUUGCUACUAUCUUAAUGGCUAGAGCUGGUUUAUUAGGUUUAGAAUUCUGGGAUCCAAAAGCUAAGAAAUGGGGUCAACCUCAUAUGCAAGCUAGAUUUGCUAUUUCUAAAGUAUUACAUCAAGCUGGUGUAGUUAAUUUCAAAUACACUGAUGCUAAGAAAUUUGAUGAUUUAGAAGUUGAAAUUGAUGAAUCUAAAUUAGAUAAAGAAGCAGUUCAAGCCUUAGGUGAUUUCUUAGGUCACUUACAUGUAUACAAGAGUACUGCCAAUGUCACUGAUGGUAUUGCAUACUAUCUCGAUAAAACUGAUGUUACUGAAGAAUACGCUAGAUUCAGAGAUGUUGUCCUCGAAAAGAAGAGACCUCGUAAACAAUUGAUUCAAGCUAACACCUUCAUAGUGAAUGGUGAUAAAGUUGAAGUUAAAGAGUAUGAAGAAUCAGAAGUCGGUAUGAUUCAAAGUUUUGCUGAAAGAUUAGUAUAGAUAUUCUAUAGGGAACUUUUCAUAAAAUAGAAAUAAAUUAAAAACAGAGAGAGAUAACAAAUUAUUUUUGCAGUAAAAAAUUGAUUGUAAUUUAAGUCAUGUGACUUC